ACUUCCUGGAAUGAACACAGGCACACAGCUAUGCAACCAAAAAGAGUUUGGACCUCGACACACUGAGUCCAGGGAACUAGUACUCUCAAGGUAACAACAAGGUCUGAAGGAUGUCCUUUUGGUGGUUCCUGGCACUGCUGCUGGGAUCUGUUGCGAUAUACAGGGCCCAUGAAUGUGAUGUGUUCACUGAUCUGGACCUCCAUCACGCUAUCAUCGGUACCAGCCUGUAUGUGAAGCUGUUGCUGUACACCAGAGCUAAUCUGAUCUGUGGUCAGGAGCUGUCCCACCACAACCUGUCAGCCCAGCCCCUGUUCAACGUCACCAAACCCACCACCUUUGUCAUUCAUGGCUACCGUCCUUCGGGCUCUCCGCCCAACUGGCUCCAUGACAUCACACAGAAGCUGCUGGCCCGCGGAGACAUGAACGUCCUGUUGGUGGACUGGAACCGUGGAGCUGCCAAUGUCAACUACCUGAAAGUUGUGGCCUACACACGCGAUACAGCAGACAACCUCACUGCCUUCAUCACAAAUAUGCAGGAGAAUGGUGCCUUUCUUAGUUCCAUCCAUAUGAUUGGAAUCAGUCUUGGAGCUCACAUCUCAGGCUUUGUUGGAGCCAAAUUCAAAGGCAAAAUUGGGAGGAUCACAGCUCUAGAUCCAGCGGGGCCUCUGUUCACUGGGAAACCCCCAGAGGACCGUCUGGACCCCACAGAUGCACAGUUUGUGGACGUUGUGCACACAGACAUGGACGCAUUGGGGUUCAGGAAGCCAUUGGGCCACAUUGAUUUCUAUCCUAAUGGUGGAGCCGACCAGCCUGGCUGUCCAAAGACCAUCUUCUCAGGGUCCGGCUAUUUUAAGUGUGACCACCAGAGAUCAGUGUUCCUCUAUCUGGGCUCCAUCACCCAGACCUGUAACAUCAGUGCCUUCCCAUGCUCUUCCUACACCGAAUUCCUGGAUGGACACUGCAUGGACUGUGAUCAAUUCAAACCUGCCGGAUGCCCAGUCUUUGGAUAUGAUAGCAUUGAGUGGAAGGACACUCUGGUGCCUUUGAAGCAAACCAAGGCUUUCUUCACCACCAAUAAACAGACUCCAUUCUGCAGGACAAACUAUAGGGUGGACAUUGUAACAUGGAACCAUGAUACUCGCUGGGGCUACAUCUCCAUCAAACUACACAAUGGUAGUGAGGUGGCAGAGGCAACAAUAAACCAUAAAGCAUCCAAGUUUGAGAAGUACUCAGAGACCAGAUUAUUGGCCCAGUUUGAUAAAGACAUACAGAAAGUCCACAAGAUCUCAAUAAAAUUCUCUACAGGGAAUGCAUUACAAUUUAAGCACAAACUACGAGUGCUCCGCAUCCGUCUCAUACACCUGGAGCGUAAAGACAGGCCUCUCUGCCGCUAUGAUGUCAUCCUGGAGGAGAACAGAGAGGUGACCUUCAGACCCAUCCCCUGUGAGGAGUCCAACUUCUGAGACAAUAGCAGAUCUAAGAUGUACAGAAUCAGCAGCGGCCAUAUGAUGGCUCUCUGGGUAAAUAGUGUGAGGUGGUUGACCCAGGUAGCCUACAUACAGCUAGCUACUCACUGUCAACUCCUUGUAUUCAGUGGCUUAAGUCUAGUAAGAGUCCAGAGCAUUGUAAAUAAGUGCAAUGAUUUUAAAGUAAAAUAUAUUGUAUUUAUUACGAGAAUCUAGAAAAAUACUAUGAUUGUGUCUAUGUCACUGUCACUGAUUUGUGUGGUAUGAUAUCUGUAGAGGAACCAUACCACAAACGCAAUAUUUUAGGAAUGUCAAUAAUAAAAUCAAAAAAUUGGGAAUGAGAGCCACGUAAAUACAAAUGAAAAUGUACUGUAAACCACUGUUGACGUAAAGAACAUGAUUGUUUUUUUAUUUAUUUUUAUUUAAAAAAGUAAAAUAAACUAAUAUAAAAUG